GCCAGUACCCCGCGCUUAAUCUGGGAUGCCUUGGAGCCAGGAAGGUGGCUACUGGAAGCCAGGGGUGAGCAGGAAGGACGAGGGUGUGGAACCUCACCUACUUCUUGUAGGAAACCUGUUGUCAGCGUAGUCGGAAGUCAAGGGUGUCCCCGUGGGGCUAAGGACACAAGGAUAUGUGUGUGCAAGGCAUCAUCACGUGAGUCUGCAUCUGGAAGAUGAAUAGAUGGUAAUCGGUGCAUACGGAGGGUGCAACAAGUUGUGAAAGUGAGAAAGUGAGAGGGCCUUGAAGAAGAGUAUUUCUCAAAAGAUUUCAGUAAGUGGCGGGGGAUUGUUUUUGAAGCCCUCACCACUGUGUUGUCCUUGAACUCCUACUUGAUCUCCAACUCCUGGGUUGAAAUGCUGCUCCCACCUCAGCCUCCUGAGUAGCUAGGACUGCGCCCAACCUGAAGAAAUCUAAGAUGCGUUUGGAAAGACGGAGGCGGCGUCUCAGAUAAGUGAAGUUACUCUUGCCUUGAGCUGGGGUGAAGGGGUGCAUCCCGACUGCAGGAUGGGGCGGGGCAGCCAAAGAACCCUCCUAUUUUUCAAGUCAGGAACCCUGUUUGCUCGCUGCUUAUCCUCCGCCCUACUCUACCUCGGAGCGCCAGGCUGGCCGGGCCCCUCCCCGCGCGGGGUGCGUCUCCUUUAAGGGCGGGUGGGGGCGGGGCGCCGGCGGUGUUGUCAGUGUCAGCUCUGCGCACGCAGACCUCCCGGAGCCGGUGCCGGUCCGCGAGCUCCAUCGUCUCCGCAGAUCAGUCCCCGCCCGGGUCCGGCGGGGCCCGCGCGGUAGGAGGAGUCGGGCGCUGGCCCGCUACUAGUCCAGGUCGGACCGCUGGACCAAGCGACGAGGGACCCGGGUCUCAGAGAGAGAGCUCCUGCGUCGCGACCCCUGAGGACCUCUUCUCGAUCUCUGGCACCCACUAGUCCCAGGCACUCUGCUCAGGAGAGCCCCCGAGCCCGCGCGCCCAGCCCCGGGGGAGCUCGCUCCCGCCCCGAGGCCCGCCCGGGCCAUGCUCCCCCGGGGCAGCGGCUGAGCCCAAGCCCGGACCGGGACCCGAGCCCGCGCAGAGCAUGGCUCUGGGCUGGGGGCAGCAGGACGUGGGCUGGGCGGCCCUGCUUUUCCUCUUCGCUGCCUCGCUGCUCACAGUAUUUGGCUGGCUCCUGCAAUAUGCCCGGGGUUUGUGGCUGGCGCGGGCCCGGAGGGGCCGGGGCCCGGGAACCGCCUUAGCCACGGAGUCCGGGGGUUCCCUGCGUGAGCUGGGCGUGUGGCGCUCGCUGCUGCGGCUGCGGGCGACUCGAGCCGGCGCCCCUGAGGAACCAGGAGUCCGGGGCCUCCUGGCGUCGCUGUUUGCCUUCAAGUCUUUCCGGGAGAACUGGCAGCGGGCUUGGGUGCGAGCGCUGAAUGAGCAGGCCUGCAGGGACGGGAGCUCCAUCCAAAUUGCCUUUGAGGAGGUGCCCCAACUCUCACCCAGAACCAGCAUUAGUCGUGUGACCUGCGUAGACCAAUCAGAGCGCACCAUGGUGCUGCGCUGCCAGCUCUUUGCUGAGGAGGUGCGGUUCCCAGUCUCUGUGACCCAGCAGUCUCCGGCUGCUGUCUCCAUGGAGACCUACCACGUCACUCUGACACUGCCACCAACACAGUUGGAAGUCAACCUUGAGGAAAUCCCUGGUGAAGGGCUGCUAGUGUCCUGGGCCUUCACUGAUCGCCCAGAUCUCAGCCUGAUGGUGCUUCCCAAGCUGCAGGCCAGGGAGAGAGGUGAGGAGCAACUAGAGCUCUCAACAAUUGAGGAACUGAUCAAGGAUGCCAUAGUCAGCACCCAGCCAGCCAUGAUGGUCAACCUCAGGGCUUGUUCUGCCCCAGGAGGCCUCGUACCCAGUGAGAAGCCACCCAUGAUGCCCCAGGCCCAGCCGUCCAUCAACAGACCUACCCGGUUAUUCUUACGGCAGCUUCGAGCAUCUCAUCUGGGAAGUGAACUAAGAGGCAAUGAGGAACUGUGCUGUGUAGCUGAGCUUGACAACCCCAUGCAACAGAAGUGGACCAAGCCUAUGAGGGCUGGUCCUGAGGUGGAAUGGACAGAUGACUUGGCUCUGGAUCUGGGCCCCCAGAGCCGGGAGCUGACCCUCAAAGUGCUAAGGAGUGGCAGCUGUGGAGACACUGAGCUCCUGGGCCAGGCCACACUGCCUGUGGGCUCCCCCUCCAGACCACUGUCUCGAAGACAGGUGUGCCCACUCACCCCAGGGCCAGGGAAAGCCCUGGGCCCAGCAGCCACCAUAGCAGCAGAGCUGCAGUAUGAGGAAGGCUCCCCUGGGAACCUGGGCACACCCACUCCCUCCACUCCACGCCCCAGCAUCACACCUACCAAGAAGAUUGAGCUGGAUCGGACCAUCAUGCCUGAUGGCACCAUUGUCACCACUGUUACCACUGUCCAGUCCCGGCCCCGUGUAGAUGGCAAAUUAGACUCCCCCUCCCGCUCCCCGUCCAAGGUGGAGGUGACUGAGAAGACGACAACUGUACUGAGUGAGAGCAGCGGCCCCAGCAAUGCCUCCCACAGCAGUAGCCCAGGGGAGAGCCACCUUUCCAAUGGCUUGGACCCAGUAGCAGAGACAGCAAUUCGCCAGCUGACUGAGCCCAGUGGGCGGGCAGCCAAGAAGACACCCACCAAGCGCAGCACUCUCAUCAUCUCUGGGGUUUCCAAGGUGCCCAUUGCUCAGGACGAGUUGGCACUAUCCCUGGGCUACGCAGCCUCCCUGGAAGCCUCAAUGCAGGAUGAUGCAGGCACCAGCGGAGGUCCCUCUUCACCUCCCUCUGACCCACCAGCCACAUCCCCAGGACCCCUAGAUGCCCUCUCUAGUCCCACGAGUGUCCAGGAAGCAGAUGAGACAACUCGUUCAGACAUUUCUGAGAGGCCAUCGGUGGAUGAUGUUGAGUCAGAAACAGGGUCUACUGGUGCCCUGGAGACCCGCAGCCUCAAGGAUCACAAAGUGAGUUUCCUGCGCAGUGGCACUAAGCUCAUCUUCCGCCGGAGGCCUCGACAGAAGGAAGCUGGUCUGAGCCAAUCACACGAUGACCUCUCCAACACGACAGCCACACCCAGUGUCCGAAAGAAGGCUGGCAGCUUUUCUCGCCGCCUUAUCAAGCGUUUUUCCUUCAAAUCCAAACCCAAGGCCAAUGGCAACCCCAGCCCCCAGCUCUGAGGGCCCUCCUUACCUCCUGAGCUCGGAGAGGGCACGAGUUCUCUCAGCCCAUUCCCCACAUCCCCUUCUGUACCCCUUCCUGGAUUCCCAGUGCCAGGGCCAGGAAAGGCCUUGGGUUCCAGGAAGCCCUGUCUAGCCUGGGCUUUGGGGCCAGUUGGAAGGGUACUUGCAAUGGGAAGCAUUCAAGAGGUGGGCAUCCAUUGCUGUGGACAUAGAAGAAAGUUCAUGGCUGGGAGUAAGAGAUGGGCUCUGUCCUGGCAUGUGUGGACAUUCCUCAGAAGCCUUGGCCUCCUGCUGACACUGGCCCCCAAGAGGAGUCCCAGGGUGCUCAGUUCCUCAGCAGAUCCUCCCUUAUUUAUUCUCUUUUCUAUUUAUAUAUGUGGUCUAGGACCCUCAGCAAACAGAUGACAGAAGGCAUCUCUCCCAGGUGACCCUUCUUUUCUGUACCAGGAGAGUAGGUAAUUCCCAGUAAGGGUUCCCACACCUCCCUCAGGUCCCUACUCAGACCAGCACCAGUGUCUGCCUCUGAGGACAUUGGCAGCUCAUAGGAAGCCGGGCCAGUGCCCAGGAUGGGGGGCAGGUACUCCCCACCUCCCUGUCUCCCCUGCUGCUCCUCAUCCCUCCCUCCCCCUUUAUUACCAUUUUUGUACUUGAUGCUUUCUCCCUGAGCAGUGACUCAGUUUGAAGGAGGGAGCCAGGAGCUUGGGGGGAAGCCUUCCCCAGAGAGAUGGCUUGAGGGGCUUUAAAGACUGUGUGAUGAUGGAGCAAGAGCAGGGUGCACCUCUGUAUGUUGGGGGAUGAUGAUGUCCAUUGCUGUGUGAUGGCUUGGGAUUUAAUUUAUUAAAUUAAAGUUAAAUUGGAGUUUAUAAAUUGGGCAAUUGUUUGUCCUUUUAAAAGCUAAUAGUGAAGCCAUGGAUUGAUACCAUGGGAGGAUGAGAGAUAGGGAUCCAGUUAGUGAGAUGGGACAGAUGAUCCUGCAGGGGAAAAGGUACAUGUAGAGAGAAGAUAGAAGAGGCAAGAGGCUCGGAAGGGUGACGUUGCAGCAAAAACAUCAAUCAGCUAGUCCAGCAUCUUCAUCCUCUCUUCUUCAGUAGGCUGCUCCCUCCAGGACAUAAUACAAUUUAGAGCAUGGACUCUACAAUGAGACCACCUGGAUUUGAGUCCCAGCUCCACUAGUUUACCCAUGUGACAGGGCAAGUUAUAAAAUCUCUGGGUGCCUCAUUUUAAAGUUUUCUUCUCUGUAAAAUGGGGACUGUGAUAAUAGCAGCUACCAUUCAGUUAUGGGUGAGAUGGAAAUGAGUAAAGUGCUUAGAAGUUGGUUGCACAUCGCCAUUGCUGAGUAAGCAUUAAUUAUUGCCUCAGAAGAAACCCAGGAGG